AUGGUAAUAAAAACACCAAAGAAUCCAGGCUACAGCUAUGAUAAGUAUUACCUACCACAAAGACCUGAAAAAGUAGAAUUGGCUUUGUCGACCAGUAAAUUUCAACCAACCGAUGCGCGCCGAGCAUUUCCGAACUUCGACGAACCUGAGUAUAAGGCGACAUAUACAACUACAAUUAUUCACGAUGCUGACCACCAUGCCAUGUCAAAUAUGGAUCCUGAGGAGACUGUCCAGCGUAGUGAUGGUUAUUUGCAAACUACAUUUCCGAUAACACCACGGAUGAGUUCAUACUUGACAGCAUAUAUUGUCAGUGAUUUUAUCAAUACAAACACGACCAUAACAAACACACGUCUCAAUAAAACCAUACCGUUCAGAGUAUGGACUCAUGCUGACCAAAUCGACCAGACUCUCUACGCUCUAGACAUCGGUAAAAGAAUGCACGAAUAUUUCGAGAAUGAAUGGUUUGAUGUGGAGUAUCCUAUGCUCAAAUCAGACAUGGUAGCCGUACCUGAUUACCCUUCUGGUGCAACAGAACACUGGGGCAUAAUCACAUACAGAGAGACCAAUCUACUUUAUGACCCGGAUGUGUCAUCAGAAAGUAACAAACAACGUGUUGCCGUGGUGAUAGGUCAUGAACUAGCACACUUGUGGUUUGGAAACCUUGUGACGUGUCUGUGGUGGAACGAUCUUUGGCUGAACGAGGGAUUUGCCAGCUAUUUAGAGUAUGAAGGCGUUAACUACGUGCACCCAGAUUGGUUAAUGUACGACCAGUUCUUGACCUCUGAUCUAUUCUACGCCAUGGAGCAAGACCAGAUAGUGAGCUCACAUCCUAUAAUUCAACCGUUAGAACACCCCGACAAGAUUAAUGAAAUCUUCGACUCUAUAACCUACAGUAAGGGCUCAUCAAUAUUGCGUAUGUUGGAAUCUAUCAUGGGUGAAGAUUUCAGAACCGGUAUCAAGAACUACAUGAACAAGUACAAGUUCUCAUCAGCUACGACAGCUGACUUAUGGAACACACUAACUGACCACACUUAUUUCGAUGUACCCCGAGUGAUGGAUACAUGGACACUACAGAUGGGAUACCCAGUAAUUACAAUAAAGAGAUCACAUGAUCAUGCCGGUAAAGCGUUCGUAAGACUAACACAGACCAGAUUCUUGAUUGAUCCGGAGGCGGAGGAUACGACUUAUUCGCCGUAUGACUAUGAAUGGUAUGUCCGAUUCGAUUACCAAUCUGAAAAUGGAGAAUAUGCCUACGAAUGGAUGGACAGGAGCGAAGCUAUUUUUGAGUGGCCGUCUGAUAAUUCUACUUGGAUCAAAGCUAAUGUCAAUCAGACAGGUGUAUACCGUGUUAAUUAUGAUGAAGAAAACUGGAUAGCGUUAGUGAAACAGUUACGUGAAUAUCAUAUGGCGCUGUCCGCUGGUGAUAGAGCAGGUUUAUUGAACGACGCAUUCAAUCUGGCAUGGGCUGGAUAUGUUAAUUAUAGCAUUGCAUUGGAUCUGACACGAUAUCUUGAAAAUGAAGAGGAUUUUGUACCCUGGGAUACUAUAACUGAUAUCUUUAACGAUUUGUCAGUUUUGUUGUAUCACCGACAAGCGUAUGGCAAUUGGAGAAACUAUAUACAACAACAAGUGAAGUCGAUCUAUAAUGAACUUAAAUUUGUGGAAAACGAUGAUGAUGGACAUCUUACAAAAUAUCUACGUGGUAACAUACUGUCUCUUGCAUGUGGUAAUGGCCAUGCAGACUGCUUAGAAGCGGCCUUGGACUAUUUUGAGAAGUGGAAGAAUAACGAAAGAUAUUUGGAUUAUGUUUGGGAUGACAACAUCAUACGAUCUCAAGAUUUCUUCACUGUCGUCAAUUACAUUGCCAAUAAUCCUGUAGCUACUGCAGUUGUAUGGGACUGGGUCAGAGUUAAUUGGCAGAAAAUGGUAGACAAGUUUGGUUUGAAUUAUCGUCUGCUGGGACGUCUAAUUCCUGGAGUAACUAACACCUUUACAACAGAGCUUCAAUUACAGGAGAUGCAACAUUUCUUUGAUAUGUAUCCAGAGGCAGGAACCGGAGCCAGAGGACGAGAACAGGCCUUGGAACAUGUACAGAGCAACAUCAACUGGUUAAAGAGAUACGAGAAUGAAAUCACUAGCUGGUUAACAAUUAAUGUAUAA